AUGCAGUACCUAGCUAGUGUUCUUAUUUUGAAUAUAUUCGGAGUUUUAUCUUACGAGUAUGAGGGCUAUGGAAGGAACAAUAUGGCCGUUGGGAGACGGGACGUUAUACCAAUGAACGAAGUUAGGCGAAGGAAUGUUAUAAUGGACAGGAACUACAGGCGAACUAAGGAUAUACGUACAGACGUAUAUGACAGACGGUUUGAGGAAGCCCAGUGGAGAGAAGCGAGAGCCACAGAUGACAGGGAUCGUUUGGACCGACUUCACCGGGAACUGAGGUGGCUUACUAUUAACAGUAACGAACUGGGUAUUGGAUAUUAA